AUGCAACCGGACCAAAGUUUGCAGGCAGGUUUUUGCUUCAGAAGAGAGCACAUCUUCACGGCUAUAAUCUUAAACUUAUUUUUAGGUCUAAUCUUUUGCUCGGAAUGCAAUAACAUGCUCUAUCCAAAAGAAGAUAAGGACGGCCGACAGCUACUCUACGCUUGUAGAAACUGUGACUACAAACAGGUGGCUGAAAAUUACUGUGUCUACGUGAAUCGCAUCAUGCACGAAGUCGACGAACUGAGUCGAAUAGUGCCUGACGUGAUUCACGAUCCAACCUUGCCUCGCACCAAGGAGCAUCCUUGUCCUUCAUGUGGCCACAAAGAAGCGGUCUUCUUUCAGGGUCAAUCACGUCGAGCGGAAGACGAUAUGCGACUGUACUACGUUUGCACUGAGGCCAAGUGCACUCACAAAUGGACCGAAUAG